UCUAAAUAUUUCCUCCUCCCCUUUUUUCUUUUAUUAUUAUCAUCAUAAUGGACUAUUUUUCAAAACUUAAGAAAUGUAUAGUACCACCAAAGACUCAACCAACAAGCACCAUGCAAUUGUCGAAAUUUCAUAAAUGUUGGGAUUACAUUCAUAAUAUUUUUAUCACAGAAGAUAGAAAAGCAAAUUUACAUGUAAAACAAACAGAUAUUCCUGAAAAUUUACGUCAAAUGGUAGAUAUGCUUGUGGAUGAGGAAGCUAGACAAGAAAAUAAUACAACUGGAGUCUGUAUGGAAUAUUUUUUAAAGCAUGGUAUAUUGUAAUAUUUAGUGAAUGCUUCUGAAAAAAUGGAUUAUCCUGAAGGCAUACGUGUUGAAAGUAUUAGAAUGAUAGCUUCUAUGAUUGAUCUUUUAGAUGAUCGCUUUUUAGUUCAUAAUGCAGUUCAUAAGCCAACUAUUAAACUUCUUAGAUUUUGUGUACUUGAUGAACGACAAAGUGAGCUUUAUCAUGAAGAUCUUGUGGAUUUAAUGUAUAUUAUUUGCUCAAAGAUUCAUAGAUUCCCCGCUUUAUUGAAUAUCUUUUUCCAUGAUAAACAAUGGCUCACGACACCUCAAAAGGCGAUUCCUGCCUCUGCUAAUCAUAUUCGUGAGCCCUCCUCUAAGGAAUCAUCAGAU